GUGGGUCCCACACACUUAAACCUCCCUUCUCUUGUCUCCUUCUCCUUCCCUUUUCCCCCACCACCAUGUUGACUCCUACCACCGCCGCCGCCGCCGCCGUCGCCGUCUCCGGCGAGCUAUCGAUCUCUGCAACACAGUCCAGACUCCUCCCCUCAGCCUCCCGCGUCCACCUGCCCCACCUUCUCCCCGCUCCGCCUGCGCUGUCCUCCUCCAGGAGCCACCCCUCUGUCCCCACCCCGACCGGCGGCGGCGGCGCAGGAGAGGCUGCUGACCUUGAUCCGUCCGAUGAGCACCUCGCCACCAUGUCCCCGCGCGAGCAGACGGCGCUGCUGUCGCGGCAGCGGCACUGGCGCCGCGCCCGCGACCUGCUCGACCGCAUGCGCGCGCUCCCGGGGUACGCGCCCAGCGCCAUCCACUACGGCGUCGUCCUCCGCCACCUCGCCGGCGCGCGCCGGUGGGGCGAGCUCCGCCGCGUGUGGGCGCGGAUGGCGCGCGAGGGCGCGCCCCCGCCCACCAACCAGGCCUACGCCGCCCUCGCCGACGCGCUCGCCAAGGCCGGCCAUGCGCGGGACUCCCUCCUGCUGCUCCGCCACAUGCGCGCCCGAGGUGUGGCUCCCGACGAGGUUUCCAUGAGCACCUUCGUCCGCAUCCUCAAGGACGUCGGCCGCUACUCCGACGCGGCCACUCUUUUCGAUAACUGGUGCAACGGCAGGUUCGAGGUUGGGUUCAUUGAUCUUGACUACAGCGCGCUCGAUUCAGGUGGACCGAUGCAGUUCUUGCUUGAGGAGAUGUGCCAUGGCAAUGUCGACGAUGCUGGUGCAUCUGGCAUUCAGGGAGUUGCUAGAAUUCCGAAGCUUGCUGUCACAUAUAACACGAUGAUUGAUCUUUACGGGAAGGCCGGGAAGCUCAAGGAUGCGAUGGACAUGUUUAUGGGUAUGCCAGAUUAUGGGGUUGCGGCGGAUACAUGUACCUUCAAUACAUUGAUCAACAUAUUCGGGUCGUGUGGUAAUGUGAAGGAGGCAGAGGCACUGUUUGCUAGCAUGAUAGUUAGGGGAACUAAUCCAGAUGUUAAGACGUUUAAUGUGAUGAUGACAUUGUUUGCAUCCAAGGGUGAUGUUGAGGGAGUUUUGAAGCACUACUAUCAUAUUGGGAAAAUGGGUUUAUCUGCGGAUACUGUGAGCUAUGGGAUUGUUCUCCGGGUGUUAUGUGAGAGAAAGAUGGUACAUGAAGCAGAAGAUGUGAUUGUGGGGAUUAUGAGGUCUGGGACUUGUGUUCCUGAACAGUCUCUGCCUGUUGUCAUGAAGAUGUAUAUUGAUCAGGGGUUGCUUGAUAAAGCAAAUGCAUUCUUCGAUAGACAUUGCAGAGGUGAUGAGGUCUCUUCCAAGACAUUUGCUGCCAUCAUGGAUGCUUUUGCAGAGAGGGGUUUAUGGGAGGAAGCCGAACAUGUUUUCUACUCUCAUAGAGGAGUUAGGAGAAGAGGCAUAGUUGAAUACAAUGUGAUGGUCAAGGCUUAUGGUGCAGCAAAACGGUAUGAUAGAGUCUCUCCUCUACUUGAGCACAUGAAUGAGUCUGGUAUUUCACCAGAUGAGUGCACCUUUAACUCUUUAGUUCAGAUGUUUGCUACGGGUGGAUAUCCACAGAGGGCUAAGAAGCUGUUAGGUAAAAUGAAAUAUGCAGGGUUUAAACCAAAGUGCGAGACAUAUGCUGCUGCUAUUACAACUCUCUCCCGCAACUAUUUGGUAUCUGAAGCCAUAUAUCUGUACAAUGAAAUGAAGGCCUCAGGUGUUGAGCCAAAUGUGGUUGUUUAUGGUGUGCUGAUUGAUACAUUUGCUGAGACAGGGCAACUAGAGGAGGCAUUGCAUUAUAACAACUUGAUGGAAGAAUCUGGAAUUGCUCCUAACCAAAUUGUUUUAACUUCUCUUAUCAAGGCCUACAGUAAAGCCAAUUGCUGGAAGGAAGCGCAAGAUUUGUAUUCAAGGAUGAAGAGCAUGGAUGGUGGCCCUGAUAUUGUUGCCUCUAAUUCCAUGCUAAACCUUUAUGCAAAUCUUGGGAUGGUCACUAAGGUUAAGGAAAUAUUUGACUGUUUGAGGAGAAAUAAUCAGGCCGAUGAUGUUUCAUAUACUAGCAUGAUAUCCCUGUACAAGAACAUGGGCUUGCUUAAUGAGUCAGUUAGGGUUGCUCAUGACUUGCAGAAUUCAGGCUUACUAUCCGACUGUGCUUCAUACAAUGCUGUUAUGGCAUGUUUUGUGGCCAAGGGCAAGCUAAGAGAAUGUGCAGAAUUGGUGCAACAAAUGCAGGAAGGCAACAUUUUGCCAGAUGCCUCAACGUUUGGAAUGAUAUUUUCUAUAAUGAAGAAAAUCCAGAUUGCACCUGAGGAAGUUUCACAGUUACAAUCAGCAUAUAAUGACAACAGGAGCUCUUCUAGUCAAGCUGUAAUCGCUUUCUUGUUUUUGAUAGCUGGCAUGCAUGCUGCAGCAUUAAAUAUUUGCGAGAAAUAUAUGAAGCCUGUGUUGACAAUAGAUCAGUGUGCAUGCAAUGUUGCCUUCAAAGUUUAUGCGUCCUGUGGGGAGGUGGAUAAAGCUUUCAGUUUAUUCAUGCAGAUGCAUGAGUUGGGGCUGAAACCGGACACAGCUACUUACAUCCAUUUGACAACUUGCUAUGGGGAAUAUGGAAUGCCGGGAGGUCUUAGAAGUGCAAAUGGCUUUCUCAGACACCAAAACAAUGAUAUUACCCUACAUAAAACUGUGGUUUCCUGCAGGGAAAAUGAAAGCAAUAUUCUUGCUUAUCAGUCAGUUAAGAAAUGAGAUGCUGAUACAGUUCACUCAAUCACCUGAUAUGCUCACAAGGUGAAGUUGUCUUUGUUUUGGGCUCUGAAACUGGAUGAUACUGAUUGGAGACAAUCAAUUGAAGAUAUAUAAUGCAAGAUGGAUACAAAAUACUGUAUAUUGAUGGAAUGGGACUGUUAACUUAUCCUUCAUCCUUGUCAACAAUGCUGACAGAAAUUCGUUCCAGUAUUCCACUGCCCUCCUAUCAUCCGAUGAACAUUUCUGAUAACUUGUUAUCUGUGCUGCAAAGGAAUUCAGAAUGCCCAUGGCUCCAUGCGAAAUGCAAAGUGUUGACAGCUGCCUCAUGGAAACUGCAAGUGAUCCAAGGUGAUUUUCUGCCAGAAGUUGUUGUCAGUUGGUCUCUGCCUUUCUGGAGUUGGAUAAGGUCUUAGUAAAAUAUCAGCAGCGACAGUAUCUCUGCCCUUGACACUGGAGUACUCCUUUGUUCAUUAUUUGUGCCUUUCUGACAGAACAUAUAUGAUAGCACUAGUUCAUCUUAUCGAAAGGCGACAAAACAUCCUGGAGAGCACGACUUUGGUGGCGCAGACAUUCUGGAGUGCAAUGCUCAACUACUUGAGGUAUCUUGAUCCCCUCAGCGAACAACAGAGACUAGAUACGUCUUAUCCAAAAUGAGGAAAUUGAAUUUCAGAUAUUGCUCGACUGAGCUCGCAGGCUAUCACUCCUUAUCCUUGACAACGUUACAGAAUAUAUGUACCGUCAUUGACCCGAGCUAGGAAACCUUCAGCACUGUGAUAUGAUGGUUUGGUGCCAUUAGACAUGCUAUUACCUUUGUCUGGUCAGCCGUGGUUGGAAUAUAAUGGACCAUCAUACUGUCAGCUUGCUGGUGAAAUCUACUAUAAAAUCAUUUGGUACGUAGUAUGGUUUUAUCUUGAACAUCAAAUCUUUCACUUAUGUUGGCAAGUCAUGUUUCCAUGGUCUGCUUCUCACUAAGGCCAAGUGAUGCUUCUUUAUCCAACUUGGCAUAAGCUGCAAUAAUACUGGAUCGUCAGAUAGUCUUGUCAGUUAAUUAUACCUUUACAAGAAAGAAUGAAGAUUGUUCUGUUGGCUUGCGUGCUUCUUUUCUACGCUAUGGAUGCGAGUCGUAAGAGACUGACAAGUAAGACUUCACUCCAGAUCAGAAAGUCUGGCAGAAGUGAUAUUACAAUCAGCAGCCGGUGUUGAUAUUAUAGAAUAGUUGACAAGUUUACUGAUUCAGUGAAGAUAUAUAGUUGGUGGUUUACAAACGUUGUUACACAUGAUUAAUUGUAAAUCAUAGCUAUAAUUUUUGCGGUGCUUAUAGCUUUCACAAGAAGAGCUGCAUAAUAAAAUUUCAGUUCCCAUCUGGAAACUGGAAUACAUGAAUUUGAACAAGGAUCAACAUCCUGGACCUGGAGCAUACAAAGGGCGUAACGAGGAACAUAAAUGCUGCCAGUAAUUCAUGAGAUGAGGUAUCUCUCUCCAGAAGGUAGUGAUUUUGUUUUGUUUUAUUCAAGAUACUACAUCCGUCCUAAAAUAUAAAAACCUAGGACCAAAUAGGAUAUUUCAGAGUACUAUAAAUCUGGACAAACAAACAAGCAGAUAUGUAGUACUAGGAAAUGUUCUAUUUGGAGCUAUCUUCUUAGAGAAGAGAUGUAAAGAAUAAUUAUUUGCUCUCACAUUUUUUUGUGUGGAUACAGAUACAAAUAUAUUUUCUUUUUUUUUUGAUACAGAUACUAAUGUACCCUGGAUAUAAAAAUGAAAACAAAUAGUAUAUAUGGUCAUGAAUAUUUUUUGGAACAUUAAACUUUUUAAACUGUGCCGCCAAAUCAACAGAGAUAAAUAAAUUAUUUUAUGCAAAAGAAAAAUGUCAACAUUUUCAGCAACUAUUGUCACAUAUAUGCACCUGCAAGCUAAUACUACUGUCUCGUUUCAAAAAUAAAA